AUGGGUUGGGACAACAUUCACAGAGAAUUCAAUGAAAAGACAGGGAGAGGAUAUGAAAAAAAACAGCUGAAAAAUAGGUUAGAUAACUUGAGGAAAGAGUGGAAGACAUUUGAUAAACUAAUUGCUAAGGAGACCGGUAUAGGGUGGGACCCUGAAAGGAACAUAGUGGUGGCAUCUGAUGAGUGUUGGGGGAGGAAAUUACGGGAAAAUCUAGCAUAUGAAAAGUUUAGGCACUAUGGGUUAAGGUUUCGCACUAAAUUGGAAAUUAUAUUUAAGGACACUAUAGCAUCAGGAGAUGAUAUGUGGGCACCAUCUUGGACCAAGCCUGCACCACAGAGGGGAGUUUCAGACUAUUUGGACGGCAUCAAUUUAACUGCAAACACAUCAAACACUGCACCCACUGUACCUAGUACUUCAGGGAGUCAAGGGAAGAGGAAGAGAGGUGAAGGGUUGGACAAGUACAAGAAGAAAAAAAUGCCAACGACAAGAAGAAUAGCAGAUGCAGUAAGUUUGAUUGAGAAGGCUUCAAUUAGUACAGCAGAGGCAAUAGACAAAAUCUCCAACAUUGAUAACACUACUGAGCUCACCGCUGAUCUACUGAGUAUGCCUGAAAUUGUCAGUGACACUCAUCUUUGUGUCAUCUGUUAUAAUCUGCUGGCAAACAAGAUGUUCAGGGAGAUAUAUGCUGGUCUGAGAGAAAAUCAGGAGGUAUUAGUAGCUUGGUUGAAGCACAAUGCUGCAAACCUGCCGCCAUAUAUUGCACCGAAGAAUCCUUGA